AAAGUAGUGGGGGACAGUCAGCCAAUUACGCUUUGAGCUUUUAUGCGAAAGUCAAUGUGACUGCUUACGAUGUUAUGAUGUUAUGGUUCUUGAGUUGCUGAAUUAUCGGAUCGGUUAAUCGUGAUUAAAGUACAAGUGAAAAUGCCAGUGUGUUGCGUUAGAAAUUGCAAGAGUCGGACCGGUCGUAGUAAUAGGGAAAAUUACAACAAAUUGCUGUAUUAUUUUCCUAAAGACUAUGAAUUAAGGAAGCAAUGGCUCAUAGCUUGUCAGAGAAGAGGAGUUGAAACUCAACUGUGCUGCAGUAUGUGAGCGACAUUUCGUGCCAGAUUACAUUGAAGAGAAGUGGACACAGCAACGUGGGAAGAAUGAGCCAUGAGUGAUUCAACGGCUGAAAAUAGGCUCAGUACCAACAGAAUUGCUCAAUAUUCCAAAAACUGUAUCACAACUUGGUGAACCAAAAGAAAAGAUCCAAAAAACAGAUGUACCCUGUAAAUCUAAACUACCAUCGUACAACGAACUUGUCACUUAUGCGAGGAUAAAUACGGAGAUGGAUGCUAAUGCCGUGAGCAGUAAAAAUACAUCAGUAAAUGAUGAGCGAGACAAACAGUCGAAAAGUAGACACGGAGAUGUACCAGUGGAAGUCGUUGAAGCAAUGGAUAGUGCGGAACAAUUAGACAAUGAGCCGAAGGCUGAGGAAACUGAAAUGCUUCUGGAGCAGUUGAAAAAAUUGCAAGAAGAAAACAAACAACUUGCUAGCGAGAAUACGCAGAUGUCUGUCGCAUUUAAGCAGCUCGCCGAAGAGAAUGAACGCUUGAAAGAAGAUGCCAUGAAAAAUCACGAGUUUCAACAAUUGCAAGAAAAUGUUGAAAAACAUGCCGCAACAGUAGCGUUCAACGCAUUGCGUACGGUGUUUACACCUGGCCAAAUUAAAAGGAUUAUGUCUCCAAAUAGCAGCCGUGUGACAUGGUGUAGUAAGAAAGAAAAAAGAAAACUCAAACAUAUGUGCAAUAAGCAAUCUGUGCAAUGAACAACAAUAUAGUUGUACUUACCUUUAUAUCGUUAUACGUCGCAUCAACUCGGGAUCUGCAAUCGGCGAUGUUGCAUAGUAUGGCUCAAAUGACCGGAAGGGAACAAAAGUUGAUGCAAAUAAUUCGACUGAAGUUCGCUGUGAUAAGUUAAUACACUAAUUAUAUAAAUAAAUGUAACUAAGACUUUUUCU